AUGAUUAAUGCAUAUGGACUGAAUGGAAUGGGUUAUGAAGCAAUUCAACUCUAUCAUCGAAUGCCAGCGGAAAUGAGAAAUGAAAAAUCACAUGUUUGUGUGUUGAAUGCCUGUUCACAUUCAGGUCUCGUCAAUGAAUGUCGUUCAAUUUUUACAACAAUUCCAAAUAAAAGCAAUUAUAUUUAUACAACAAUAAUCGAUUGUUUAAGUCGUUCAUUUUUCUUUGAUGAGGCAAUGCAGUUGAUCGAAGAGUUCGAGCGCCACCAACCUCCUUAUCUACCGAUGUACAUGUCCUUGUUGUCAGGUGCUCGUAAUCAGAACGAUGUUUCUCUUGCACGACAAAUAACUGAGCGAAUAAAACAACUGGAUCAUGUUAGCGACGACUGUCUCUCAUCGGCCUCGGUGCUUUUCGGUAACACUUUAGCAUCGUCAGGUGACUUAGAAGAAGCAUCAAAACUAAGACUAGAAAUGAACCAAUCAGGCAUUGGGAAAAAGGUGGGUUUAUCUUGGACUGAAGUCAACGGUGAAAUUGUGGAAUUUCGUGUCAAAGAUCGAAGACAUCCACGAACAAAAGAAAUCUAUGAUGAACUUCAUCGAAUUGAAAAAGAACUCAUUGAACAUGGUCACAAGUUUGAUGCCAGCUGGAUAACACGUGAAAUGAUGCCCGAUGAAACUGUCGCAUCCAUUCUCAACAGUCACAGUGAACGAUUGGCACUUGCAUAUCAUUUCAUUCAGCGACCAGUUCCAUCGCACAUUCAGAUCGUAAAGAAUCUUCGUAUUUGUGGUGAUUGUCAUGGUGCAAUUAAGCUGAUCAGUAAAAUCCGUCGAUGUGAAAUUCUUAUUCGUGAUGCAAAUCGUAUUCAUCAUUUCUCAGAUGGAAAAUGUUCAUGCGCUGCUUUACCCCUUGAUAAUUUAUAUUUACGAAAACCGGUUUAUUUACAAAUGCAAGAAGAAUUAGCUCGAACUUUAACUUAUGAUAUCUAUAAUUUUCUUUCACCUCAUUCGCGAACGAAUAAAUACCUUGGCGUAUCAAAUGAUCCAACCAGCGGCAAUAUCCGUUCAUUAGGUGUUUUUAAUGUCACCGUCAUUGUCGGUGGAGUUCAAACAACUAAUAUCGGCUUUGUUGAUUAUAAAUGCUUUUAUUUACAUGAAGGAUAA